AUGACUUCUUCGAGACCAUCGCUCCCUCCCAUCAGGACUGCAAGGAGCAUGACUUUCCCCUCUGAGCUUCGGGAGAGAACCAUGUCAACCAGACGAGCAACAAGCAACGGACCGUCCGUUCCACCACCACGAGCUUAUACAGAAUUCCUUAGAGCACUUAAUCCCGUCUUUAUGGAUUCAGAUGGCGCUGAAGCUGGCUUUCCAAGAUGCACGUACACCAGGCGUCGUCCUUCGCCUAUAUCCGUCCCAUCAAGUGCAUCUAGUGCUUCUUUGUCAACCGGGACAUCAGAAACGUCGACUCCUCGGUCAAUCCGGCCUCGAUCACCUGCAUCAGACCCUCAAUCUACGAGAAGCCUUGCUCCUUUACGGCAUUUGGGUCUUCCUCCACCGUACUCACCAUCAAGUGCUUGUCCAUACAGUCCGUACUCUGCGAUUCGAUCUCCAUUUUCUCCAUUCGAACUGAGACUUACAUACACCGAGCCUCCAAGGAGCGCACGGGAAGGAUCCCUCAGCAUACAGCACAUCGUUACGCAUACAGUAACUCUUAAGCGCGCACCGUCUCUCGAUCCUCCGCCGAAAGGAAAGAGGAGAAGAACCGACAAGUCGGAAGAUAAAUAA